GUAAUCUUCUAGCGUUCUUCUCGUUCAGUUGGACGCGCAUCGCUGUCGCAUACGUUAUAUUUAUCUCGAUGUGCGCUUCGCGGUAUUAAUAACGUGAUUAAUAACACGUCGAUUUUUCAAACGUCUGGCAAAGUGCCAUCGCGUUCGAUAUCACGUCUAAUCUCGUCUUGUCUCGAGCGAGCGAAUUAAGAUUAUUUAUACCCGGCUGGAGGGCCAAAAAAUAAUUCAUGGCACUUGCCAUGUCGCAUAAUCAACCGGGAAGUCCCGUGACGCCGAUGAAAAUGCAUCUAACGAUUCUCCUUUUUUUCUUGGGUUAUCUAGCGGCGCCGGUUACCCCGGCGAAUGUCGUGCUGAUUAUUACCGACGAUCAGGACUCGACGUUAGAUGGCAUGACGCCGAUGGUAAAUACUCUGAAUCUCAUAGGAUCUCGAGGUGCAACGUUCACGAAUUGUUUUGUAGCUUCGCCUAUCUGUUGCCCGAAUCGAGCUUCCAUCCUGACCGGACGGUAUCAGCAUAAUCAUUUGACGGUGAAUAAUUCUAUCGCCGGUGGUUGUAGUAGCGCGAAAUGGCAGAAAUUCCAAGAACCGGCGACGUUUGCCACUCUCCUGCAAAUUGCCGGAUAUAGGACGUUUUACGCCGGAAAGUACUUGAACGAGUAUGGAAAUAGAAAAGUCGGCGGUGCAGCUCACGUACCGAUGGGAUGGGACUGGUGGGCCGGUCUUAUAGGAAAUUCCAAAUAUUACAAUUAUUCGUUGUCGAUAAAUGGUACCGAGGCCAAGUAUGGUAACAGUACGAGCGAUUAUCUUACAGAUGUAAUCAAUAAUCUGGCUGUAAACUUUAUUAAUGGACACUCCGACGACCAACCUUUCCUCAUGGUAUUAGCACCUCCGGCCCCUCACGCGCCCUUUACACCUGCUGAUAGGCAUAAUGACAAAUACAAUGGCACGAAAGCAAAGAGAACCCCAAACUUUAACGUUCCCGUGCAUCAGGAUAAACAUUGGUUAGUUAGAAAAGGUCCAACUCCUUUGCCAAACAGUGUAUUACCAAAAUUAGACGAGAUAUAUAGAAAGAGAUGGGAAACUUUAUUAGCGGUCGACGAGCUCGUUAAAAAUGUGCACGAUUUAUUGAAAGAGCGAAAUCUCUUGAACGAUACCUACUUUAUUUAUACCUCCGACAAUGGAUAUCACAUUGGACAGUUUAGCAUGCCUAUGGAUAAGCGGCAACCCUAUGAAACAGAUAUACGAGUCCCAUUACUGAUAUCCGGUCCAGGAAUUAACCCGUCUACAAUUUCCGCGGGAGUCAGUAGCGUGGAUAUCUUCGCCACACUCUUAGAUAUAGCCGGUAUAGAAUAUCCAUCAGACGGAAUGACGUUGUUUCAAGCGACGCGUAAUGCACCGCAAGAUCGUAUUGUUCUGAUAGAGUACAGGGGAGAGAGAUCUAAAAAGAUCCCAUCGUCUGGUUGUCCGAGUGACAGCGAUCUUAAUGUUACACUAUGCAUGAAAGAAAUGGCGUGUAAAUGUCAGGAUGCGGCAAACAAUACGUUCAGUUGUAUUCGUCGCGUUUCAAUAACACCUCCUAAUAAUUCUCCAAAGUUUAAUAACAUCUUUUGCAUCUUCGAAGAUAAUCAGAAAUUUAUCGAAUCUUACGAUAUAAACGUUGACGAGUAUCAAAUGACGAAUAUCGGAUAUACCAUGAAGAAAGGAUUGAGACACAGAUUCAGGAAACGUCUCAAGAGGAUGGCAAUGUGUCGGAAUGUGGAAUGCCUUUUUGGGACAAAUUUGAGAAGUAAAUUUAACAUAAAUCGCGGAAAUAAGAGCGCGGAAAGUUGCCUUAUCUCGAAUUAUUGCAUUUAUGGAAAUCGCCGUCGGAGAAUACGCCGCGAAUCUGGAUAUAAGAAUAACUCGCCUUGCUCGAAGGAGGAGGGCAGCAUCCCUUCCCUACGACGAAACUGUUUUCUUAACAAAUAUUUUUAUUAAAGCCCCGCGGAGAUAGAGGGAGAGAAAAGGAGAAUCUCGAAUAUCUGAAUAGCAAUAACGAUAUUCGCGAAAGUAAAGGGAAGAGGAGAAAAGAAGGAGGUGGAAAAAAGCCGAGCAUCCAAGAUAGAAUCGAGACUAUAUCAGACGUGUACAUAUUUGCAUACAUUAUUAUUACUAAAACGUUUCUGAUUCCUUCGCGGAUUUAUGGCGAUGCGCACGAGAAACAAUGAUUCUACCGUUACUCGAUACACUCCGGCUCGUUAUUAUUUUACAUGCAAUAAUUAUAAAUCAUUUUAUGCAAAAUAGUAUUAAUAAUAGUAAACGUAUGUAG